AUGACGAUAAUUUCGAUAUUAUCGAAAGUAACAACAAUUAAUAUUAUCAACACGAAUAUCGAUAGUAAUAUUAAUAUUAUCGAUAGUAAGAUUAAUAUUAUUGAUAGUAACAUCGAUAUUAUCCAUAGUAUAAUCGAUAUAAUCGAUGGCAACAUCAAUAUUAAUAUUAUCGAUAGUAACAGCGAUGUUAUCGAAAGUAAUAUUAAUAUUAUCGACAGUAACAUUGAUAUUAAUAUUAUCGUUAGUAUCAUAGAUAUUAAUAUUAUCGUCGAUAUCAUCGAUAUUGAUAUUAUCGUCGAUAUCAUCGAUAUUAUUGAUAGUAACAGUAAUAUUAUUGAUAGUAACAUUGAUGUUAUCGAUAGUAUCAUUGAUAUUAAUAUUAUCGUUAGUAUCAUCGAUAUUAUCGAUAGUAACAUCGAUGUUAAUAUUUUCGAUAGUAACAUUGAUAUUAAUACUAUCGAUAGUAAAAUGGAUAUUAAUAUUAUCGUUAGUAUUAUCGAUAUUAUGGAUAGUAACAUCGAUGUUAUAGGUAGUAAUAUUAAUAUUAUUGAUAGUAACAUCGAUAUUAUCCAUAGGAACAGCGGUAUUAUCGAUAGUAACAGCGAUGUUAUCAAUAGUAACAUUGAUAUUAAUAUUAUCGAUAGUAACAUUGAUAUUAAUAUUGUCGAUAGUAACAUUGAUAUUAAUAUUAUCGAAAGUAACAUCGAUAUUAAUAUUAUCGUUAGUAUAAUCGGUAUUAUCGAUAGUAACAUCGAUGUUAUCGAUAGUAACAUUUAUAUUAUCGACAAUAAAAUUAAUAGUAUCGAUAGUAACAGCGAUAUUAUCGAUAGUAAUAUUGGUUUUCGAUAUUAA